UCAAUCUUGAUAAAGACACUAGACUGUAGGAUGUAAGAACUCCAGUUUCAACAACAGAUCACUUAUGAUGAAGACACAAGACUGGAUUAUAUAAAGACCUAAGUUUCAACAUCAGAUCGUUCUUGAUGAAGACACAACACUGGAGCAUAUAGGGUCUCAAAAUUUGACCUGAAAUUAUUUUCCAUAGACAGUAGUGUAGACAGUGGUGAAGCCUGCUUAUUUAGACCUGCUAUGUUAAUUUUUUAUAUACACUCACUGUGAAAACUGUAAAUUAAUGUGAAAGAUACAUUGCUGGACUAAAAGUUUCUGUCUGCUUUGCUAUUGCUCAUAGAGUAUUAGAGAUGCAAAAUUGGAGUAUAUAAGAACUCAAGUUUCAUCAGUUGACUUCUGAUGAAGACAUAAACUGGAGUAUACAAAGUAUUCCUAUGUCAAUGGCCUUUGCUUAGUGUUGCACCAAAUGCUCUACAUGUUUUUUUCAGUGAAAGAAAAGCUAACAAAAAUUGAUGCAAACCAAACAAAAUGAGAAUAAAGGAAAGAAAAAGGUUUCCAAAUCAUCUGGUCUAGUGAUUUUGCUGGCAAUAUUGGUCAAAUUACGGAGAUUGGUCUCGCUUGUGUUGUGACUUGUGACCCUGACAAAACAGUAAAAGUGCGAUAGUUGCUACGCUGUCAUAUUACUGGUACUAUCAGGAACAGCGCUUUCAGAACAAGAAAUAGAAGUGCCAAAGAUAAAGCAAUAUUUUCAAUGGCUAUACAAAAACGCAACCGGAUAAAAAUUGCAUGUGUUGAGGUUAACAUCAUUGUUGCGAAUGUGUUCUUUGCUUUUUUAUCAAUUGUCGGACAAGUAGGACAAAAUGUCAGCCUUCCAUUGUGGAUUGACUCCACAAUUUCCUCUCACGGUACGCAGCCAAACAAAACACAAAGAAACCAUUCGGCAACUGGCUUCGACCAGAAAUCUGGCAUUCGUCCUUAUUUCACAUAUUCAUCAAAUUCUUCCGGUGGUGAUAGUGGUAGAUAUGAGCCUCGUGUUGAUUCCUUUUUUGUCUACUCGUUCGCUUGCUUAGCUUUCGUAGUUAUAUUUGGAGUAGCGCUGAUUUGUAUUCGCUUGUUUCGGCCACAACUCUUGGGUGACGCUGAGAGAAACUUUCCUCAUUCGCAACUAUUUCUUGUUGGCUUUUUCGACGCUCUCAAUGGCGUGCUUGUCGUGUUUGCUGGUAGCGGAAAACGAACCGCUCCGUAUCUUCAAGCUAUUCUUGGAAAUUUUAUGAUUCCUCUCACGAUGGCUUUGCGUUAUUUCAUUCUUCGCAAGGCUCCUACUAAGCGAAAGUUUUUUUGUGCAAUGGUUGUUCUGGUGUCGUUGUUCGUCUGUCUUAUUCCUAAGAUAUUUACUUCGAUUGAUCCAAGAGAAAACAAGUCCAGUGGAGAAGGAGCUAGUGGAGUUGCUGGCGUUCUUUGGCCACUGUGUUUCAUGUUUGGUUUCCUGCCUGCUGCUAUAAUGAACGUUAUCGAAGAACGUGGACUAAAGAUGGAAGUAACACCUGUGAGAGGUCGUGUAAAUCUUGUCUUCUUUUUGUUCUGGACGUCUGUGUACCAGUUUCUUGUCGCUUUGUGCCUUUUCUGGGUCGAUUUUCUCCCAGAAUUUGGAUAUGCCGACAGCAUUGACCAUUUUUGGGAUAACUGGUCGUUUGGUUUCAAGUGUUUCUUUGGUUAUGCUGGAUGCAGUUCUACAAGUGGCGUGCGAGGAUCUAUGUUUAUUCUUAUGUACACAAUAAGUUAUGUUGGUGGUGGAAACUUAAUGCGUUUUUCAGAAGGUGCCACUCUCCUUGCAAUUGUUAACUCGAUUGUUACGCCAUUGGGAUUUCUUUUUUGGACGCUAUUCAGAGAAAUACCAUUUGGUUUCCAUCCAGCAAUCCGCAUAACCACUUGGUUCAGCAUUGGUGCUCUAGUACCUAUGGUGCCAGCAAUAUUUUUGUACAACUCGGGGCCAGAAGAAAUAGAUAAAACUAUCGUGUCUCCUGUUCAAAUACCGAUACUUGAUGAUGAAGACAUGGUAGUUCAAUAAAAUUUGUAUAAAUUUGAAUAAACACAUUUGAGGAAUAGAAAAGGUGGGAGAAAGAAUUUUUUCCUUUUAGUAUUUACGCAGCCAUUUACUGGGUGUAACUAGAAGAAUUUAUUGUGUGACUUUGAUUGACCUUUUUUUAUUAAACAUAAGCGAAAUA